AUGAUCUUUGCCACCCGCCAACUUCAGGAGAAUUGCCGGGAAAUGCGGACCCACCUGUACUCUACCUUCGUGGAUAUGACAAAAGCCUUCGACACCUUUAAUCCUGACGGACUGUGGAAAAUCAUUCAGGAAUUUGGCUGUCCCGAACGACUCACUCAGAUGGUACGUCAACUCCACGGUGGCAUGAUGGCACCCAUCACGGACAAUGGACCUGUCUCAGAAGUAUUCGCAAUGACCCACGGAGUGAAGCACGGCUGCGUGCUCGCGCCCACCCUCUUCAGUCUUAUGUUCUCUGUUAUGCUGAUGGACGCUUACUGUGACGAACGCCCCGGGAUCCGCCUCGUCUACAGGACGGACGGCCAACUCCCCAAUCAGCGACGGAUUCACCUCCAGUCGCAUGUAUCCACAACCAAAGUUCACGAACUUCUAUUCGCCAACGACUACGCCCUCAACGCCGCCUCGGAAGGGGACAUGCAAAGAAGUAUGGACCCCUUCACAACCGUCUGGGAGGACUCUGGUCUGAUCAUCAACAUGGAGAAAACGGUUGUCAUGCAGCAACUGCAACCCAAAACAGCUCACAAUGCGCCGCAAAUCAGCGUGAACGGAACCUAA